CAGACCCUACCUCACGGCCCCAUCCGCCCUCGUCUCACACUAUAAAACCCGUUGUUACCAAGUGAUAGUCAGCAGAACUCCUGCUCCCUUCACUGUAGGCAUCUCGAAUACCUGAACGCCUACUUUGUCCAAUCGACUUGGUAUCGAGUUCCAGUGUCCCACCAUGGGUGAUUCGGGUGGUCCAGUGACCAUCCUCUUAGGACUGCUCGUUUAUGUCACCAUUUAUCUACCCGCUGUUUCUUCCACAACUGAACAAAGCCGCCGAUGUGAAUACACCAGACAUGAUAAGAUACAGAAGCAAGACCUGUGCAAGAACCUUAUAGCCAAUAUAAGGAAUGGCUCUUACCUCGUGAGUGAGAUUUCCAAUGAGGACAUUUCAUCGGACACAAAGCUUUGCACCUACGAAAGCCCGUACACCUACACAGUGAAAGACUGUUGUCAGGGCUGGACUGGUCCGAGCUGUAACAUACCCGACUGCGGUGGGUGUGGUGAUGGUGUGUGCGCGGUUAACAAACGUGCAUACUUCACUGCUCCCCCCGAGUGCGUGUGUCCGGACGACUGGGCAGGCCAGCACUGUGAGGAGAAUAUCAACAGUCUGAAGGAUGGCAAGCGCUUUUGCUUCACCGACAACCGAUGUACUUCGGGCAAGUCGAGCGCACCCGUCCUUUACUCCGAAUGUUGUGUCUCUGGCUCCCAAGGCGGGUACGGCAGCAGUUACUAUGGUGACUGUCGACCUUGUCAAAGCACUCAAGUUGCGCAGAACGGUACAAGGGUUUCCGACAGAUACACCUGCUUGCUAAUGGGAGGUUCCCACAUCCGGACGUUUGAUAACGCUCAACCCGUAAUUGAUCCGAGCACGUCGACAUGCACUUUUAUUCUGAUGGACACGCCAACACUUCAGGUCCUGUCACAGACCGAGUGCUACGGCAGUACCACUUGCACCUGCGAGCAGAUUCUAACGGUCAUCCUGAAAUGCGAGACAUCAACCACGACGUAUGUUUUGAAGAACGGUAACAACACUGUUACAGACUCAUCAGGGAAAACGGAAAACAUUACUGUUACAGAGGAAUACCAGUACUACGGUACAGAGGCUAUUUACAAGCGACAAGACGAUUCAGUUUACUUUUACUUCCCGGAGCUGAGCAUUCGCAAGGACUUCUCAGGUUAUACGGCCAUUACAGUCUCGAAAACCUCUCAGCUAAUCGGCAAUACUGAUGGCUUGUGCGGUAAUGCCAACGGAGACCCUGCAGACGACACAGCUUAUUUUGAGAAGAGGCUCCAGAAGUAUACGGACACCUCACGGCCAUGCGGCAAGGGAUUCCAUGCAUGUUCUUCGGAGCAACAGGAUGAGGCAGCCAUUGCUUGUGAUUUCCUAAGGAGUGACAAAUACGCUGAAUGUAUAAAAGGGGGAGUAGAUGUGAAAGGGGCCAUCCAGCGGUGCAUGCGAGCUUAUUGCUCAUCCGACGACAAAGAAAAAGCCAUCUGCAACCAGGCUGAGGACUUCGCAUCGUGGUGCUACGGGUUGACGGGGAAAAUACCUCAGUUUCGCGAAGCAGAUUUUUGUCCCAAGACCUGCGAUAACGGAAAAGUGUAUACGCCUGUGAAAAUGACCAAUUGCGACUUGCGAUGCGGGAUGCCACAGCUGAGCUACCUGUCGCCAUCUUGCCGACCUGAAGGUCAGGGCGGAUGCGUGUGCCCCGUUGGGAUGGCCUUACAGAACAGCACGUGCGUCCAACCUGAAAACUGCCAGUGCCGCGGCACUGAUAACGUCUACUACAACCCAGGAGACCUCGUCGCAUCUUCUGACAAAUGUCUCGUCUGUACUUGCGGUGAUCUGGGGCUGUGGAACUGCGAGCCGAACGAAGAGGGAUGCAUGACCACCUGCACAAUAAUUGGUAAUAAAGUCCGGACAUUCGACUCUCUCAUCUACGGCAUCAGCUCUUCGUCUCCCUACACUGUCGUUUUGCUACAAAGCAAGGAGGGUAACAUUAAAUUAGAAGCAAGUUACCAACCUUGCGCGUCUGGAACAUGCAUCAGCGGAUUGCGGGCCAAAGUUGGUAACUUUACCAGUUCGCUGACGGUGUCACCUGAUUCUGCCCCUGUUUUGGAUAAACCAGUUUCUUCAGCUAUUUACUCAAGAAAAAUCUCGAAGAACCAUUAUGCUACGGACUUUCUGACCUCGGGCAUAAGGAUAAUCUUUUCGGUUGCCGGCACGAUUCAAAUUAGAGCUAAUACCUUGAUCAACAAAAACAAGCUGUAUGGGAUGUGCGGCACGCCAAACGGUGACAUCAAAGACGAGAUGCGGUCCCCGAGCGGCUCCGACAUGGACAACAGCGCUUUCAUAGGCGCCUACUGCUCGCAGUGCCCUGGCACCGUCGUGGUGCAAGGCAAACUAUCAGGGGACCAGUCUCCAAUCUGCGACCAGGUCAUGGCUGCAAAUCUCGAUGCAGCAGUACAUUCCGAUAUCAGCAGUUUCAAGACAAUUUGCGAGUCUAUGACUACAGACCAAAACCGAUGUCAAGUUCUUCAAACUAUGGCCCAGCAUUAUCAGAAGUCUUUUGAGAGCAUGUUUGGAAACAGUGUUGACUGUGCGAUGACCGAACAGACCGUACGGGACGUGUGUAAGAGCAAUUGCAUCGAUUUCACUUUAACCAACUGUGAAAAGCAAUCGUUCUUCGAUGGGGGGUGUGGGUCAAACCAGUAUUAUCGUGAUCAGCAGUGCGUGGAGCAAGAUCAGUGCGGCUGUUUCAAUAUGAACACCACAAGUUUCGUGGAACCUGGCAAUACAACUACAGUAGGAUGCCACGAAUGCACAUGCAAUGGCACGAAGAUGCAGUGUAACACAAAAUGCGAAGAAGUGAUCUGCGCCGAGGACCAGAUUUCAUAUGUACAGUUCCAGAAAGAUCCCGUACAAAAUCACCAAAUGUGUCCGGACAAAUACCAAAUCACUCGCAAGUAUGUUGCCGAUGUCAGACCUAACCAACAGUGUUACUGCAAGGAGGGGCUGCUCCAGACAUACUCAACUGAUCAGUGCGUGACGAAGUGUCCGUGUUUUGAGUCUGACACAUGGUUUAAGGAUGGAUAUACCAUCACUAAGGGCUGCAAGAACAAGACGUGCAUUGAUGGUAUCUGGAAUGUGACUGAUGACGACAACUGCAUGGGUUCCUGUAUUGUGAGUGGCUCAACAUUUAAAAUCAAGCAAUUUGAUGCUGAUGGACUCACGAAGCAACGUCUCAACAACAAGUGCGAGUACACCUUCCUCACAACGAACGAUGUGACUAUUAAGAUAGGUUUACUCUCCCAAAGGGAACACUUCGUCAAAUUUGAAGUAACCGCUCUCUCCCAAGGAUAUUUGCAGCUUGUCCCAAAUGGAGACGGUGCAUUUAUUUACAACGGCAAGACCUAUGAUCGCCCCGUUAUUCCUGGCAUGCAUGUUGCGUACACUGGGUCAUCCAUAGACGUCUCCUUCAAUAACUCGAAUGUCGUCGUUAGACAGAGGGGGCGCAAAACAACAAUUUUUGUUAAAAAAUCUGUACCAAUCCUUGGAGGUUUGUGUGGCAACUUUGAUGGCCUUAGCAACAACGAUCUGGUUGGAAAGGACAAGCAGCCCAAGCCUACAUUUUUGGCUGCAGCAGAUUCCUGGGCUGAGGGCGUUUGCGUCCAAGACAGUACUCCUCCUUCUAUCCCUGAGAACCCACUCAAGAAACAGUGGGCAGAGGAGAACUGUAGGAUUAUUAAAGAGGGAGAGCCCUUCAAACCUUGCCGUGGCAGAACCACAGAGAAUAGUCAGAACACUUUCCUUGAUGAGUGUGUCUUAGCUUCAAUGGAUUGUAACUCUGGCGGAGACUGUGAUUGCCAGUGUGACGCCAUUGACGCGUAUGCAGACUAUUGCGCGUGGCAGGGAUCUCCGGCGGCGUUCCGAUCUCCAAAGAUUUGUCCGGUCAUGUGUGAGGGAGGCUCCGUGUACCAGGCCUGCGGGGACCCUUGCCCACCUGUGUGUGGACAUAAGACUGACUGUAGCGAUCGGCCCUGCGUAGGAGGCUGCUUCUGCCCGGAAGGAUACAUCAGAGAGAACCUACACGAUAUGACGUGCAUACCAGAGUCUCAGUGCUCAUGUUUUCUGAAUGGGCGAACAGUGGCCGUUAACCACACAGUGACGAUCAACUGCCAGACAUGCACUUGCUGGCACGGUCAGUUCAAGUGCACAGGAGAGAGAUGCAAGGAGGAAUGCGAUGAACACGAGUUUCGAUGUGACAGCGGCGAGUGCAUCGAUUCUCGGUACACCUGUGACGGCGCCAGCAACUGCGCGGACUCAUCGGAUGAACGAGGUUGUACAGUAACAAACUGCACCGAAUUCAAAUGUUCAAUGUUUGGCCAGUGCUUCGACUUAAAGAACGUUUGCGAUGGUAUCAUGGACUGUUCUGACGGAAGCGAUGAAGCUGAUUGCGGAUAUACUUGUGGUCCUGACGAAUUCCAGUGCAAAAAGGGAUGUAUUCCCAAGCGGUACGUAUGUGAUAACUACUUUGACUGCAGCGAUGGCUUCGACGAGCAAAACUGCAUCCCUUCGACAACACCCUGUCCUCAAAAUUACUCAAACUGUGGCAUGAACUUCUGUGCUCCCUUUGAUGCAUUUUGUGAUGGUCAUGAAGAUUGUGAGGACGGCUCCGACGAAGCAGGAUGUGUGAAUCCUACCACUUCUCAGCCCAAAGGGUGCACGAGAGAAGAGGUGCCUAUCAGCAGUCUAUCACCUGACGUGACUGUCACAGCUGACAGAGGAGACGCAAGCUCCAUCUUCGGUUACAAUGGAUGGACACCCGAUGGUCGAUCCGGCACAGUCUACUUCAGUCUGACGUCACGGGACAACAACUCACCCCAGCUUAUGAGCCUUACGGUGGACGUUGACAACAGCGGUUCGCUGGAACUAGCUGUUUAUGACAAAGAUAACAAUCUGGUCUUCACUGGAUCUGUGCAGAAGGGAUCAAGGGGUCAGACUUUUACCUUUCCUUUUACUGAGUUCCACACUAUCGGCUUGACAACCAGUGAGCGACUGUCAAACUUGAUUGUUUACGCUUGCUACGAACCUAGCGAGGGGACAACAGCGGUGCCCGGCCAGUCAACAGCACCGGCAUGUAACGAGCCACUGAGCCUCGUCAUUCGUGACUCCAGCGCGCCUGUGGAUACUAGCGGAGUGGUUAAGGACGUCACGUCCCCACUGACCUUCACCAUCGACGUCACCGAGCCUCUCCGGGACAGCCUGGAGGGCAUGCUGAUGUUACUGAAGCUGCGGCUAGUGAACUGUGACACUUACACUAUCAAAGACCCCACCACUGAUGCAAUCCUUCUCCAGGGACAGACAACGGUUUCAACGGGAGUACUCACCUUGUCCGCUCAAACUGCCAUCCCAUUGCCACUCAAGUUCGAGAUGCACCAGAAAGAUGGCAACAGUCCCAUUUCUGCUCAAAUUCAGGAAGUCAAGGGAUGCACUCAGCCACGAACUACUGAGACGCCAUUAAUUUCUACUGCAGUUUCUGCUACUACUGCACCAACCGAGGAGACUAUCUCUACUCCUUGUCCAGACAUCCUGUGUGAUGGAAGAUGCAUCAGUUCACUGACAGAGUUGUGCAAUAGCAGCUGUGCGCCUGCAGAGUGUGCAACAUCAACUUUACCACCCACCGGUUCGACAAUAUCACAGUGCUUUGACAUACUGAAUGUCGACGUCAUCAGCAGUGAAAUCAUCACGCAAGAUCAAGAUGGAGAGUCUUUCAAAGAGUUUGUCAUGACCAUCCGCCCAUCUGAUGACCAAGUGAAUCCAGUUACGCUGAACCUGAUUACGCUGUUACUCACUAACUGUGACACCAUGGAAAUUCGCGAGGGAGACACAGCAAAUAUAAUGCUGCAGACUCAAGUACCAUAUCCAAAUGGACCAGUGACUGUCAACUUAGACUCCGUAAAUCUUCCAGUAACCUUCCAGUUCAGUCCUAAAGACAGAAGCAAGUCUGUGUCUGCCUCCAUUAAAGAAGUGCGAGGAUGUUCAGGAAAACCUCCACCACCUCCACCAGCCACUACAACACCUACAAUAACCUCUGUUACAACACCACCCGAGGAAAUUACUUCUACUCAUUGUCCAUUCAUCCAGUGCAAUGGAAGAUGCAUCAGUUCACUGGAAGAACUGUGUGAAAGUAGUUGUGCACCUCCAGAGUGUGCUACAAGACCAACAGAGCCACCUACCAUUACUACAAUACCACAGUGCUUUGAAAAGAUGGACUUCAACGUGGUCAGCACAGAUGUCGCUGUUCGAGAACAAACUAGUGGGGGUUUACCAAUGACUGCUCUGGUGCUGUCUGUUAGGCCACAAAGAGAAAGUCCGAAUAAAACUUGGAUAUUGAAAGACCUUUCACUUUUUGGAAGCAACCUUGGAGAACUUGAGGUUAAAGAUGCAAAUGGAAAUACCGUAUAUCAGGAACAUGCACACCAUUCUGAGGGAAUAGUAAACAUAAAUGACUCACUUAGUGAUGAGCCUAUCACACUUCCAAUUCAAAUAGAGAUACACCCUAAAGACAGAGGAAAUGCUGUUACAGCCAAGAUCAUCUAUCUUGCAGGAUGUGAAGUUACUGUUCCGAGUACUCCUGGCACAACAACUACACCAUCAAUAACCUCUCCAGGUACAACCAGAUCAUCGACAUCAGUACCAUCAACUACAGGACCCAGUGAAACAGUUUGCUCUGAUGACAUGAAAUACGAAGAGGCAAAAGUUACAGACACCGCAAGAUCUUCAAAUGGAAACUUUUUGGAGUUGAUAGAAAUACCUGCUGGUGUUUAUGUGAAAGAAAUUUAUGAAAGGACCAAGCAAGUCUUUAUACCUGUUGAUCAGACACCUGGUGAUUACAGUACUGUCACACUGAGAGCAGGUGAAACCUUAAUUGUGAUUAAAAGGAAUGGAACAACAGAAAAUCCUAUUGGUCCAACAUCUUUGCUUAAUCCAGAUUCAGUUUCAUUUGGAGCAAUUAACAUCCAAAAGGAGAGAGGCAAUGCAGUCAUCACCACACCCAAGACUAAUGCAACAGUAGUUGUGUCUCUAAAUAAAGAAGAGAUUUUCCAAACUGUGCUGCACAAUGAGGGGGGCAUUGUAAUUGUUGAUCGUCAAGGACCUUUUAGUAUCAUUCUCAUUAGCCAGAACAUUGAAGAUGAUUCAGUGCCUGCACCCUCUUUUAUCAAGCUUUGUGGGCCUCCAGUCACAGGUACACUACAAUAUUCCACGUCAACUGCAACACCACAUGCUCUGACAACAUACCACCCUUCAACAGCCUUUACCAGCUCACUACAACCUACAGAAACCUCAACAAGUCAAAACACAUGGGAAACAACAAAACAGGAAGGAACAACUCCCUCGCCAGCUGUGACGACACCUAGCGGUCCACAGACCACAGAGAGAACUCCUUCGCCAGCUGUGACGACACCUAGCGGUCCACAGACUACAGGACCCACAGAGCAGCCAGGGACAACUCCCUCUUCAGCUGUGACGACACCUCGUGGUGGAGAAGGGACCACAGGACCUACGGAACGCCCAGGAACAACUCCCUCACCAGCGGUGACGACACCUAGCGGUCCACAGACCACAGAGAGAACUCCUUCGCCAGCUGUGACGACACCUAGCGGUCCACAGACCACAGGACCCACAGAGCAGCCAGGGACAACUCCCUCUUCAGCUGUGACGACACCUCGUGGUGGAGAAGGGACCACAGGACCUACAGAACGCCCAGGAACAACUCCCUCACCAGCGGUGACUACACCUAGCGGUCCACAAACCACAGGACCCACAGAACAGCCAGGGACAACUCCAUCACCUUCCUCAACCCCUACUAAAGGUUGUCCAUAUCAGAUGAGUGCCCAGGAACCACCUGCUGGUUCUGUUCAGCGUAUCCUAGAUAGCACGACGCUCAAGGUAGAGAAGGUUACAUUUGACGAUAAAACCUAUGUGCAAAGUGCCGAGGAAAUACCAAAGCCUGAGGACACACCAAGGACUGUGCUGUAUAUUAAGGAUACUGAUGAAUCUGUAAAGGUGCCAAAAGGCACAAAAGUGCUUAUUGAGGUAGCGGCAGGAGCACCACUUCCGUCUGCACCUCCAUCAAGCCCAGAAGAGCCUACACAACCUCAACUUCUGAUUGGGCCUGGACAACACCGAUGCUACCUUACACUGCACCAACCAGCAACAAAUAAAUCGUUUAUUUGCCUUUCACAGCUGGGGCAAAAUGGAGAUAGUACUGUGGGGAAGAAUGGACCUGUUGUCAUCAGUGUCAUCCGCCUGUGUCACCUGGUGAAAGAAAAUCCACCCGUACUCGGUUCACAUAUAAACAACUCCUCGCCAGCUGUGACGACACCUAGCGGUCCACAGACCACAGAGAGAACUCCUUCGCCAGCUGUGACGACACCUAGCGGUCCACAGACCACAGGACCCACAGAGCAGCCAGGGACAACUCCCUCUUCAGCUGUGACGACACCUCGUGGUGGAGAAGGGACCACAGGACCUACAGAACGCCCAGGAACAACUCCCUCACCAGCGGUGACUACACCUAGCGGUCCACAAACCACAGGACCCACAGAACAGCCAGGGACAACUCCAUCACCUUCCUCAACCCCUACUAAAGGUUGUCCAUAUCAGAUGAGUGCCCAGGAACCACCUGCUGGUUCUGUUCAGCGUAUCCUAGAUAGCACGACGCUCAAGGUAGAGAAGGUUACAUUUGACGAUAAAACCUAUGUGCAAAGUGCCGAGGAAAUACCAAAGCCUGAGGACACACCAAGGACUGUGCUGUAUAUUAAGGAUACUGAUGAAUCUGUAAAGGUGCCAAAAGGCACAAAAGUGCUUAUUGAGGUAGCGGCAGGAGCACCACUUCCGUCUGCACCUCCAUCAAGCCCAGAAGAGCCUACACAACCUCAACUUCUGAUUGGGCCUGGACAACAACCCGAUGCUACUUACACUGCACCCAACCAGCAACAAAUAAAUGUGUAUAGUGUGACCGUGCCGGAGACAGUGACUGUUGUACAGUCCCCUGAGGCUGCGCUAUAUACACCAGUUCAACCUGGGCAAAAUGGAGAAGUACCUGUGGGGAAGAAUGGACCUGUUGUCAUCAGUGUCAUCCCUGUGUCACCUGGUGAAGAAAAUCCACCCCGUACUCGGUUCACAUAUUGUGCGCCACCUUCUACAGAAACAACUCCCUCGCCAGCUGUGACGACACCUAGCGGUCCACAGACCACAGAGAGAACUCCUUCGCCAGCUGUGACGACACCUAGCGGUCCACAGACCACAGGACCCACAGAGCAGCCAGGGACAACUCCCUCUUCAGCUGUGACGACACCUCGUGGUGGAGAAGGGACCACAGGACCUACAGAACGCCCAGGAACAACUCCCUCACCAGCGGUGACUACACCUCGUGGUGGAGAAGGGACCACAGGACCUACAGAACGCCCAGGAACAACUCCCUCACCAGCGGUGACUACACCUAGCGGUCCACAAACCACAGGACCCACAGAACAGCCAGGGACAACUCCAUCACCUUCCUCAACCCCUACUAAAGGUUGUCCAUAUCAGAUGAGUGCCCAGGAACCACCUGCUGGUUCUGUUCAGCGUAUCCUAGAUAGCACGACGCUCAAGGCAGAGAAGGUUACAUUUGACGAUAAAACCUAUGUGCAAAGUGCCGAGGAAACACCAAAGCCUGAGGACACACCAAGGACUCUGCUGUUUAUUAAGGCUACUGAUGAAUCUGUAAAGGUGCCAAAAGACAUCCAAGUGUUUAUUGAGGUACCGGCAGGAGCACCACUUCCGUCUGCACCUCCAUCAAGCACAGAAGAGCCAAUACGACCUCAAGAUCUGAUUGGGCCUGGACAACAACCCGAUGCUACUUACACUGCACCCAACCAGCAACAAAUAAAUUUGUAUAGUUUGAUCGUGCCGGGGACAGUGACUGUUGUACAGUCCCCUGAGGCUGCGCUAUAUACACCAGUUCAACCUGGGCAAAAUGGAGAAGUACCUGUGGGGAAGAAUGGACCUGUUGUCAUCAGUGUCAUCCCUGUGUCACCUGGUGAAGAAAAUCCACCCCGUACUCGGUUCACAUAUUGUACGCCACCAUCUACAGAAACAACUCCCUCGCCAGCUGUGACGACACCUAGCGGUCCACAGACCACAGAGAGAACUCCUUCGCCAGCUGUGACGACACCUAGCGGUCCUCAGACCACAGGACCCAGAGAACAGCCAGGGACAACUCCCUCUUCAGCUGUGACGACACCUCGUGGUGGAGAAGGGACCACAGGACCUACAGAACGCCCAGGAACAACUCCCUCACCAGCGGUGACUACACCUAGCGGUCCACAAACCACAGGACCCACAGAACAGCCAGGGACAACUCCAUCACUUUCCUCAACCCCUACUAAAGGACCCAGUGUAACAGUUUGUUCAGAGGACAUGGAAUUUAAAGAGGUACCAAUCCUGGAUGAAGUAAAGUCUUUAUAUGGAGAUGUCAUGCGGUUGAUGGAAAUACCUUCUAAUGUUUAUGUGAAAGGUGUCCUCACUCAUGACAACCAGCAAAUCUUUGUAUCUUCUCAACAGAUUCUUAAUGGGUACAACUCUAUUACUGUAAAAGCAGGUGAAACUAUAAUUGUGGCUUUACCGGAAGGAGAAACACCAGACUCUUCUCCAUCAGGAACAGCAGAGAUUGCGAGUCCAACAUCUUUGAUUACUGAAAAUUCCACUCCUUUUGGAGAGCUUCUAAUCCAGAAUACGAAGAGCAAACUUUAUAUCAUCACACCUCAAGAAGACAAAACGAUAGUUUCUUCCUUCAAAGUUUUCCGACAGUUGAAGCUCAUUGAGAAGGGAACAAGGCUCAUUGACCAGCAAGGACCUUUCAGUAUCAUUGAAAUCACCCAGAAUGUUCCAGAUGGUGAAAGGCCUGCACCUAGCCAAAUCAAGCUUUGUAGCUCACUAGUCACAGUACCCAAUCCAAAAACAGGCACACCAACACCACAGCCAGGCACAACUCCCUCUCCAGCUGUGACUACACCUAGCGGUCCACAGACCACAGGAACCACAGAACAGCCAGGGACAACUCUCUCUCCAGCUGUGACUACACCAAGUGGUUCACAGACAAGUGCUUUAACUGGACAUCCAGAGACAACUCCAUCGCCAGCUGUAACAACACCACAGACAAGGGAACAGUCAGAGACAACUCCAUCACAUCUCACUACAUCUAUUGUCCCAAGUGUCUGUAAGAGUGAAACUGCUACGGACAAGACAGUGGUGCGUGCAAAUAACAUCCCAUUUAGUGGAGGGUCUUACCCUGAACAGGAAUUUACCAUCUUUAUUGAUGCUUCUGGUGAAGCUGUGAGUGGGGAAGAUAUGAGAGUUUCAGAAGUGAAAAUCUACCUGGAUAAUGUUAAAAAUGUGAUAGUUCGCGACGCAGACAAUGAAGAACUGUCAAUUUUACCAUUUGAUAUUGAGAAUGGCAAAAUCAAUACCAUUAUCCUUUCGAACAACCAGCCACAAGCUUUAUUGCUAACAUUUGAAAAACAGCCUGGUAAAAACCUGCAAGAGCUUGACAUCAAAGAAAUAAAAAUAUGCAGAGGCCCCACCACUGAACAGCCGCCAGUGACUUCAACUUCAUCAGCUGUCACAACUGCACCAGUCUUUUCUUCAAGACCCACAGGAUCAGGACAGCCACCAACAACACCACCAUCACCACUCAAAACAACAGAAGGAACUUCUGCUACAGGGUCCACACCAGGGCAAUCUACUCCACUACCAUUAGUGACUACAACAUUAUAUCCAGGAUGCUCUGAAGUAAUGAGUGACAAAAAGCCCCCUGCUGGGUCUAGAACUACUUUCAUUGCUGACGAUGGAUCUACUAUUGAAUAUAUAGAUUUAGAAAAUACAUAUGUGUCUGAUACAUCAGCAAGUGAUGGGAAAAGUGUGUUCACUGCACUACAGGAGUCUGGCAGUUUCACAGUUGCAACGAUACCCAAGGAGACAAACUUAAUUCUUCUUUCCAAACAAGAAGAAAACCCUCAGCCUUCCCCCACAGACGCCAUGACUCCUGCUUCACUGAUUCCAGAUGCAGAUCGUAUGGGUGAAUUCGAAUAUAAUUUUGCCACAUACACGAUAUACCAAUUAACAACAAAGGAUCAAAUUGAAAUUCAGCUUACAAAAUCAGAUUCCAUUAUUGUCUUUGAAAAGAGACAAGCUGAGAAUGGAAGAAUUAUGAUUCAAGAAAAAAAUCCAAAAGUGGUGGUUCUCAGAACAGAUGUGUCACCUUAUGCAGCUCCUGGUGAAACCCUUUUCCGGUAUUGUGGAAUAACUUCUACAGGUACCAGUGUUCCUACGGCGCCUCCCGGAUAUCAUACAGGACCAUCAACAGGAACACCGACAACUCAACCAACCGUGCAACCCACAGAACCUCCAGGAACAACUCCUGAAGCUGAGACCACACCUAGUGGUCAAGGCACCACAGGACCAGCAGGACAGCCAGGCACAACUCCUAGUGGUCCACUCACCACAGGACCCCCAGGACAGCCAGGCACAACUCUUCCAGCUGAGACUACACCUAGCGGUCCACGCACCACAGGACCCCCAGGACAGCCAGGCACAACUCCUGAAGCUGAAACCACACCUAGUGGUCAAGGCACCACAGGACCAGCAGGACAGCCAGGCACAACUCUUCCAGCUGUGACUACACCUAGUGGUCCACGCACCACAGGACCCCCAGGACAGCCAGGCACAACUCCUAGUGGUCCACGCACCACAGGACCCCCAGGACCCCCAGGACAGCCAGGUACAACUCCAUUACCUCCAUCAACACCUUAUGAACGUUGUCCACAAGAGAUGAGUUAUCAGGUUCCACCUCCUGGGUCUGUACAGUUGAUCCCAACUGAUAAGGACAUUGUGUUUGAGCAGACUACAUUCCCAAGGGGAACCAAUGUGGAUAGUGCUGUUGCAGUGGAAAACAGGACUGUGUAUUUGAAGGAUGAGAAACUUGUUACACUGCACAAAAACGACCAAGUGAUUGUUGAGAUAAACCAAGGUCCAAGUGAGGCUGCACCUACAUCGGCCCCAGGCGCGCCUCCAACACUUGAAGAUCUUUUUGGUGCUGGAUAUGAAGUCAUUGCUAAUGGUACUUCCACUCAACCUGAUGGGAAACAAACGAAAGUGUUUCUUUUGAAAUUGACUUCUGAAACAUCACAAGUUAAACAAUCAAAUAAUGCUGUGAUUUAUACACCUAGUGAACCUGCCAAAGGUGGAAAAGUACUUGUUGAUGGUCAAGGACCUCUUAAAAUCGUCAGUGUCAUCACCAGUGUGCUACCUGGUGCAAAACCUCCAGCACCAACUCCAUUUAAAUACUGUGGGCCGACAUCUACAGAUCGGCAUCAUUUACUAAUACAUAAGCCGCCCCUGGGUAUUCAGGAAACACCUGCGCCAGCUGUGUCCACACCUAGCGGUCCACAGACCACAGGACCCCCAGGAGAGCCAGGAACAACUCCUGAAGCUGAGACUACCCCUAGUGGUCAAGGCACCACAGGACCCCCAGGACAGCCAGGAACAACUCCUCCAGCUGUGACUACACCUAGUGGACCUAUUACCACAGGACCCCCAGGACAGCCAGGCACAACACCUAGUGGUCCACGCACAACGGGACCCCCAGGCCAGCCAGGCACAACUCCUGCAGCUGAGACUACUCCUAGCGGUCCAGGCACCACGGGACCCCCAGGCCAGCCAGGCACAACUCCUGCAGCUGAGACUACUCCUAGCGGUCCAGGCACCACGGGACCCCCAGGACAGCCAGGCACAACUCUUCCAGCUGAGACUACAACUAGCGGUCCACGCACCACAGGACCCCCAGGUCCUCCAGGACAGCCAGGCACAACACCUAGUGGUCCACGCACCACAGGACCCCCAGGACAACCAGGAACAACUCCUGAAGCUGAGACUACCCCUAGUGGUCAAGGCACCACAGGACCAGCGGGACAGCCAGGAACAACUCCUCCAGCUGUGACUACACCUAGUGGACCUAUUACCACAGGACCCCCAGGACAGCCAGGCACAACACCUGCAGCUGAGACUACACCUAGCGGUCCAGGCACCACGGGACCCCCAGGACCUCCAGGACAGCCAGGCACAACUCCUAGUGGUCCACGCACAACGGGACCCCCAGGCCAGCCAGGCACAACUCCUGCAGCUGAGACUACUCCUAGCGGUCCAGGCACCACGGGACCCCCAGGACAGCCAGGCACAACUCCUGAAGCUGAGACUACACCUAGCGGUCCACGCACCACAGGACCCCCAGGACAGCCAGGCACAACACCUAGUGGUCCACGCACCACAGGACCCCCAGGACAGCCAGGCACAACUCCUGAAGCUGAAACCACACCUAGUGGUCCACGCACCACAGGACCCCCAGGACCCCCAGGACAGCCAGGUACAACUCCAUUACCUCCAUCAACACCUUAUGAACGUUGUCCACAAGAGAUGAGUUAUCAGGUUCCACCUCCUGGGUCUGUACAGUUGAUCCCAACUGAUAAGGACAUUGUGUUUGAGCAGACUACAUUCCCAAGGGGAACCAAUGUGGAUAGUGCUGUUGCAGUGGAAAACAGGACUGUGUAUUUGAAGGAUGAGAAACUUGUUACACUGCACAAAAACGACCAAGUGAUUGUUGAGAUAAACCAAGGUCCAAGUGAGGCUGCACCUACAUCGGCCCCAGGCGCGCCUCCAACACUUGAAGAUCUUUUUGGUGCUGGAUAUGAAGUCAUUGCUAAUGGUACUUCCACUCAACCUGAUGGGAAACAAACGAAAGUGUUUCUUUUGAAAUUGACUUCUGAAACAUCACAAGUUAAACAAUCAAAUAAUGCUGUGAUUUAUACACCUAGUGAACCUGCCAAAGGUGGAAAAGUACUUGUUGAUGGUCAAGGACCUCUUAAAAUCGUCAGUGUCAUCACCAGUGUGCUACCUGGUGCAAAACCUCCAGCACCAACUCCAUUUAAAUACUGUGGGCCGACAUCUACAGGAACACCUGCGCCAGCUGUGUCCACACCUAGCGGUCCACAGACCACAGGACCCCCAGGAGAGCCAGGAACAACUCCUGAAGCUGAGACUACCCCUAGUGGUCAAGGCACCACAGGACCCCCAGGACAGCCAGGAACAACUCCUCCAGCUGUGACUACACCUAGUGGACCUAUUACCACAGGACCCCCAGGACAGCCAGGCACAACACCUAGUGGUCCACGCACAACGGGACCCCCAGGCCAGCCAGGCACAACUCCUGCAGCUGAGACUACUCCUAGCGGUCCAGGCACCACGGGACCCCCAGGCCAGCCAGGCACAACUCCUGCAGCUGAGACUACUCCUAGCGGUCCAGGCACCACGGGACCCCCAGGACAGCCAGGCACAACUCUUCCAGCUGAGACUACAACUAGCGGUCCACGCACCACAGGACCCCCAGGUCCUCCAGGACAGCCAGGCACAACACCUAGUGGUCCACGCACCACAGGACCCCCAGGACAACCAGGAACAACUCCUGAAGCUGAGACUACCCCUAGUGGUCAAGGCACCACAGGACCAGCGGGACAGCCAGGAACAACUCCUCCAGCUGUGACUACACCUAGUGGACCUAUUACCACAGGACCCCCAGGACAGCCAGGCACAACACCUGCAGCUGAGACUACACCUAGCGGUCCAGGCACCACGGGACCCCCAGGACCUCCAGGACAGCCAGGCACAACUCCUAGUGGUCCACGCACAACGGGACCCCCAGGCCAGCCAGGCACAACUCCUGCAGCUGAGACUACUCCUAGCGGUCCAGGCACCACAGGACCCCAAGGACAGCCAGGCACAACACCUAGUGGUCCACGCACCACAGGACCCCCAGGACAGCCAGGCACAACUCCUGAAGCUGAAACCACACCUAGUGGUCCACGCACCACAGGACCCCCAGGACCCCCAGGACAGCCAGGUACAACUCCAUUACCUCCAUCAACACCUUAUGAACGUUGUCCACAAGAGAUGAGUUAUCAGGUUCCACCUCCUGGGUCUGUACAGUUGAUCCCAACUGAUAAGGACAUUGUGUUUGAGCAGACUACAUUCCCAAGGGGAACCAAUGUGGAUAGUGCUGUUGCAGUGGAAAACAGGACUGUGUAUUUGAAGGAUGAGAAACUUGUUACACUGCACAAAAACGACCAAGUGAUUGUUGAGAUAAACCAAGGUCCAAGUGAGGCUGCACCUACAUCGGCCCCAGGCGCGCCUCCAACACUUGAAGAUCUUUUUGGUGCUGGAUAUGAAGUCAUUGCUAAUGGUACUUCCACUCAACCUGAUGGGAAACAAACGAAAGUGUUUCUUUUGAAAUUGACUUCUGAAACAUCACAAGUUAAACAAUCAAAUAAUGCUGUGAUUUAUACACCUAGUGAACCUGCCAAAGGUGGAAAAGUACUUGUUGAUGGUCAAGGACCUCUUAAAAUCGUCAGUGUCAUCACCAGUGUGCUACCUGGUGCAAAACCUCCAGCACCAACUCCAUUUAAAUACUGUGGGCCGACAUCUACAGGAACACCUGCGCCAGCUGUGUCCACACCUAGCGGUCCACAGACCACAGGACCCCCAGGAGAGCCAGGAACAACUCCUGAAGCUGAGACUACCCCUAGUGGUCAAGGCACCACAGGACCCCCAGGACAGCCAGGAACAACUCCUCCAGCUGUGACUACACCUAGUGGACCUAUUACCACAGGACCCCCAGGACAGCCAGGCACAACACCUAGUGGUCCACGCACCACAGGACCCCCAGGACAGCCAGGAACAACUCCUGAAGCUGAGACUACCCCUAGUGGUCAAGGCACCACAGGAACCCCAGGACAGCCAGGCACAACUCCUGCAGCUGAGACUACACCUAGCGGUCCACGCACCACAGGACCCCCAGGACAGCCAGGAACAACUCCUGAAGCUGAGACUACCCCUAGUGGUCAAGGCACCACAGGAACCCCAGGACAGCCAGGCACAACUCCUGCAGCUGAGACUACACCUAGCGGUCCACGCACCACGGGACCCCCAGGACAGCCAGGGACAACUCCUAGUGGUCCACUCACCACAGGACCCCCAGGACAGCCAGGAACAACUCUUCCAGCUGAGACUACACCUAGCGGUCCAAGCACCACGGGACCCUCAGGACAGCCAGGUACAACUCCUAGUGGUCCACUCACCACUGGACCCCCGGGACAGCCAGGCACAACUCCUAGCGGUCCACUCACCACAGGACCUCCAGGACAGCCAGGAACAACUCCUUUACCUUUAUCAACACGUUAUGAACCUACCCCUACGAAAUCUUCCAGCCCACAUUCAGGACCAACAAGUGGUGCACCAGCCAGCAGUUCCACGCCAUCAAGUACUACCUCCCCAUUGAACACUACAGUACUACCUUCAGAGGGGUGCGAGGACAUGAUCGGGUCUGACACUUUCUUGCUGACAAACGAUUCUGUAAAAGUCUUUACAGAAGAUGGCAAACUGCUUCCAUCUCAAGGCUUUUCCUUCAGCUAUGAUGAAAGCUCUGGCAGUUCUGUCAGAUGCGUUAUCUCCAUUCCAGCAGAUGGAGCACUUGACUCUGUGUUAAUUGAUGGACGCUUCUCAACUGCCUCGAUCGACGUCAUCGAUCAAGGCAUACCUACACGUGUGGCAGAUAUUGAUGGCGCGAUCAACAUAAAGCCUGGCCAGGUGAGCAAGUACAAUGAAGCCAGAUUUGAAGAGGGAGCCAUUGAAGUGAUUUUCAACAUUGAGCCUGGUACAAGAGGAAAUAUCAGUAUUCUGCAGCUGACAGUCUGCACUUUGAGGAGAGAUGAUCUGUGUGAGAUCGACCGGGAGACUUUAGAGGACGUAUUGGCCCUUAAAAUAGCCGGCAGAUCACUUGGUAUUACCGAUGACGGUGAGGAAAUUGAAGAUGACGACGAGAUCCCCACUUAUCUCACCAAGGGAAUCGCAGUUAACGCACACUGCUACAGAUGCGUGUGUCGCGGGAAUGACAGACUGAACUGCACCAAGAAGAAAGAAUGUUUCACGUGUCCACCAUACUCAGACUGGUCCCCUUGCGACGCAGAGUGUGGAGGGCUGCGUGGAUCUCAGUCAAGAAAGAUCGUCAGCACUGGCUACUUAGCUAGCUGUGACAAUGGCACAGAGACUAGGCCCUGUAUCAGCGACGUUUGUCCAUCCACCAUAGCUCCCUGCUUCAGCGAGUGGUCUGACUGGACGCCGUGUAGAGACUGCUUGCAGCAACGCACCCGGACCUGCCACAGCAGCUGUAAGCAGUCGCAGUGCGUUGGUGGAACCAGCCAGACGCGCACGUGUCCCGAGUGUUUCUCCACAACUACAGCCCCGAAGACGACGACACCGGUGUGUGCUGACAACGAAAUACUCAGCUGCUCCACAGACUACGAGCGAUGCACGCGCUCCUGCCGAGCACACCGCGCGCAGCCCUACAACGUGUGCUCCCAGCGAGACGAGGUCGGCUGCACCAAGCGCUGCGAAUGCGUCCCCGGGUACCGCAGGGACGGCAGCGAGUGCGUUCGGGAGGAUGAGUGUCCUUGCUACCUGCCCGACACAAACAUGCCGGUCCCCGUUGGCUACGUGGACCGUACGUCGAAGGAAUGUCACAACUGUUCGUGUACUGCAAAAGGCUACAGAUGUGACGAACGCGAAGGCUGCUGCAAGCAAGGUGUCUGGUCAGAGUGGUCGAAAUGUUCUGCUACCUGCGGCCAAGGAUAUCGCACAAGAACGAGAAACAACACGAACUGCAACAUCACGUCAGAACAGCAACAAGACAGUUGUAAUAUCUUCUGCGAGUGCGAGGACAAACAAGUAUGGUUUGACAAGGCCAACUGCAAGAACUGUUCUUGUCAGGCCGGCAAGUCUGUCUGUACUCCCCCCGUCUGUCAGAACGUCUCGCAGUGUAAUAACGUAACCCACGCCUUGGUGCCGGACCCUGACCAGCCGUGCUGCAAGAAGUGUGUAGAGCUGAAGGAGCCACCUUGCCGUCCUGUGCCACUAGACGCCAUUCGCCUGAACUACACCGACCGCUAUGAUGGCUUGUGUGUCUCACGACCCAUCGACGUAUACCGCUGUGCUGGCACCUGUGGCGCCGGCUCCUCCUCCAUGUCAUACAGCUCUUUCAGUCAGGAGUUCGGCUUCCAGCUGACCUUUGCACAGAUCAACUGCGCCUGCUGCAAGCCCACCGUCGCCAAGGUGGACGUAGUCUUCACGUGCCUCAAGCGCGGCAACACCAAGACCCUGAAAGUACCUAGCAUCGCCUCGUGCUCUUGUCAACAGUGCGCUGACGAAGGUGGAGAUGGUGAUAAUUCGUCUGAAAACCGCUACGGAAGCAACGAAAAAUAUUAAUGGACUUACCUGACUGCAAGGACCGAUGUCAUUCCGAGUUGACACAUUUGAACUUGUUUUGUGCAUUCUGUCAAGUGUCUUUAUUCUGUCGCGUGAUCUUAUAUGUACUAUAGAUAAAAAUUAACACGACGAACAGAUCUCACUUGACCAGAGUUCGUGCUACAUUAACGACGAAAAUAAAUGCUUUUAUGCACAUAGCAAUU